UCCAACAUACUUAAGUCUGUUCAUAUUUGUCUACACCUUUACGCACUUGCUUACAUACACACAAACGUAUAUUGACUCUUUUGAGUGGAGCAGCAGCUGUGCAAAGAAAUAUGGUAUGAAAGAAGCAAAAUGAAAGCUAUACAACAACACAAACUGUAAUAGGAGCAUGAUGCCGCACUAACGAUCGCAGCUGAAAAAGUAGAAAUGCGGCAAAGACAUGAAGCGUUGCGAGCGAGCGAGCGCACAUAACUUCACCGAGUGGAAACGCUGAGUUGCUGCGACUUGACGCGAAGCGACGGUUCUGUCUGCCUAUGGUUAUGUCUUGGGCUGUUGCUGUUGCUGCCACUGCCGCCGCUGCUCAUUGCUGUUGCUGACAAUAAUUAGCUAGCAAGUUGGCCAAAAAGCGGUCAGAGACCGACAGAAAAUUUCAGUUUAACCGCGAUUGCCAAUCGCUUAAGACGUUUUUUAAAAUCAUCGACGGCGUCUCGUUGCUUACAUUCAUUCUGUCUUUGAAAGUUUUACUGUGUUGGAAGUCGGUCUUGAAUAUUUCUGCUUUUCUGCAUUGGCUUCAAGUUCACAUAUCAAGACAUUUCGAAGAAAAAAAUUGAUUCGAGUCAAUAGCCAAGUUUAAAGCAUUGAAUGCACAUGUUACAAAGUCGCAAUUGCAAUAAUUCUUAAUUGAUUUAAUAACGCGCGUGCAUACAUACAUAUGUGCAUAGAUGUGUGUGUAACAAAUUAAAUAUAUUUGCGUAUUAAAGUGCUCAGAAACAACUAACUAUUGCAAAAGGUUGAAGUGAUUUUUUAGAAUACAUAUUUAACAACAUUUCCGUGUGUACAAUUUACAAACAUACAUAUAUAGCAUUUUUACCACUGCCAAGAUCGUGUCGACGAAAUGAGUUUGGGCGGGGAAAAAUCGUUCAAAAUGCGGAUGCGCGACAUGGAAAACGCUUUCAAAUACCGCCGAAUACCAUACCCAAAACGAUCCGUUGAACUCAUCGCUAUUUUGGCAAUAUCCUGCACAUUUUUCCUUUUCAUGCAUACAAAUAAACUAAACAGCCGCCUCAAAGAGAUGGAAAUCAAACUGCAACCAUCGGAGUUCUCAGCGCUCGGCUUAACUGGCAAUCAAAUAAGUCCAAGGGAGUCAUCAAGACGUGAUAAUAUCAACACACUUCAUGGCACCUAUCAAUAUCUCAAGAGCACCGGCCAGAUGCAAUCAUUAAAUGCACUAGAGCUGAACAACACGAGAAAAGCCGAAUUGGGUAUAGUUUUCUUUAAUCGAGUGCCAAAAGUUGGUAGCCAAACAUUUAUGGAACUUUUACGUCGCCUAUCGGAGCGAAAUAAUUUUCAAUUUCAUCGAGAUGCAGUGCAAAAGGUGGAAACGAUACGCCUGGCCGAUGAUCAGCAGCAAGAGCUUGCCGAAGUGAUAAGCGACCUACCUGAACCAUCUGUUUUCAUCAAGCAUGUAUGCUACACGAAUUUUACAAAAUUCAAUUUGCCCAUGCCGAUUUAUGUGAAUGUCGUGAGAGAUCCCAUUGAACGUGUGAUUAGUUGGUUUUACUAUGUACGGGCUCCCUGGUACUUUGUCGAACGUAAAGCUGCCUUUCCCGAUUUACCGCUACCACACCCCGCAUGGUUGAAAAAAGAUUUCGAGACUUGUGUGCUAUCCGGCGAUCAGGAAUGUACCUAUACGCAGGGUGUGACCGUGGAAGGUAUAGGUGAUCACCGGCGACAGAGUCUAUUCUUCUGUGGUCAUGCAUAUGAAUGCACCCCCUUCAAUACGGUGGGUGCAUUGGAGCGCGCCAAGUUCGCUGUAGAGAGUCAAUAUGCUGUUGUGGGUGUUCUGGAGGAUAUGAAUACGACCUUAUCUGUAUUUGAGAAAUAUAUACCACGGUUCUUUGAAGGUGUUCGAGAUAUUUACCAAAGUAGCGCGGAGUACUUAACGAAGAUCAAUAAGAACAACUUCAAGCCGCCAGUGAGUGAGAAGGUGAAAAAUAUAGUGCGACAUAAUUUCACAAACGAGAUCGAGUUCUAUCAGUUCUGCUUACAACGGUUGCACAAACAGUACCUUGCCACACAUAUUCCACAGAAGAUUUUGGCACCUUAAGAACUGUUCUCGCAUAUGAUUGAUGGAUUGUUGUUAUUGCAUUGUUGUACACUACAUAGUUGCUGUGCAUGGCUAAAUGUCAGAUUUCCAGUGAGAUUUCGCAGAGACACAAGGAGCAAAUCUUGAUCAGCUUAUUUGUAAAUAGCUGGAAUAAAUUAUAAUUAUUAUUAUUUUGUUUUAUUUAAUUAACCAGUAUUAUAGUGAUUUUAGUACGAAAUUGCAGUUAUAUUAAUUUUUGUUGAAAUUAAAACAUAUUUUUUUAUUAGGCGCACACACACAUAUCAGCGAGUUUUUGACAAAAGAACUUUUCUAGCUUAAGCAAGUUCCUCUUUGAUUACGAUAAAUUUGAUCUUUAAUGAAACAUUAAAUUACUCUAUGCGAAUUAAAUAAAAUAGUUUCUAAAACAAUACAUUAAUAAUUUGACAAAAUUGGUGAGCUACAAUUUAUUUAGGAAUUAUUUCUAUUACAACUUGCGCGGUUAAAACUGCUAAGUCGAGAUAAGUUGUUUUGUCAAAACUACGUUUGAGAAUCUAAAGCCACUACACACUCGUAAAAAGUACAACAUACAUACAUAUUAACAUAUGUAGUUUUAAUUUGCAAACACACAUACACAAGUGCAUAUAUGUAUAUAUGGAAGUAAAAUUAAAAAAAAUUGAUGCGAAAUUUCUAGUCAAUAACUUAUAAACGUUUAUCUGUAUGUAUACAUAUAUGUAUGCGCAUGAGUGCAUAUAUGUAUAUGUAUGUUGAAAAUACUCGGAUAUGGUUUAGUUUACUGUUUGAAACUUCUAUGAGAGAUUUUACUCGAGGGCUAAAUUCAUGAAAAGUGCACAGCUUUCAUUACUUUUGUGGCUACACUUAAAUUACAUGCACAUCUAGAUUUGUGCGGAUUCGAAAAUCAAUAUGUAUGUACAUAUGUUUGUGUAUUUGUGUAUGACAAUUAUCUUUGUAGAAGCAAGAAGAGUAAUCACUUUCGGAUUAUAUUAUUUAGAUUGAGGCUAAUACAUAUGCAAAUAGUAUAUCUAUGUGUGUAAGGAUGUGUGUACGAGGGCGAAGUUCAACUAUACUACCUAAAACAUAUAUGUAUGAAAUAUGAUCCUUUUCCAACAGUAACUUUAAUUAUUUGAAAAGGCAGAAAAAUGAACAGUGAAAAUAGUUAAAAAGCAUUUUACUUUGCUUUAGACAAAUAACAGUUGGUUUAAUAAGUAUGCGUACGCACAAAAUAUUUUAAAUUAUUAUUAUGUAUUUUAAAAUUACGGAAAAUUAUUAAAACCACUUGUAUACUCAACAAGACUUAGUCUUCAAACAUUAAUUUAUAUUAUUUACAUUAAUUUAUAUAAUUAUUUCCAGCUAAAAUAGCGAUCAAUACCUUUUAUUCUUUAAAUGUUGAGCGGUAUCGGCUGACAUGGCACAUUUGUAAAUUUUUGUAUUUGUAAUUCCUGCUUCUUUAUGUUACUUAAUAAUCAAUUAAUUAA